CUAUAGGUUCAACUAUUCUAGCAUCCCAUACCCGCAUCUGGGUCUACAUACCAUUAUUAGGAUCUGGUCUCGCAUACCUUCAUUGAGAACUACCAAAAAUCGAAGAACGACACACAAACUUGGUAGUAACAAACCUCUUUUAUCCGACAUUAUGUGCUUUCCAGCGAAGUGUAAAGUUUGCAACAAAGCUUCUUGGCAGGGUUGUGGUCAGCAUGUACCCAGGGUUAUGAAACAAAUUCCAAGCGAAGAAUGGUGUACAUGUGAACCUCAGGUCGAACGAGAAGGGGAGAAGUACCCCCCAAAAGCGCAAUAGUCAAUGUUUUGCGAUCUAUACGUGUGUUACGGAGGCUAGGACAAGAACAGCGUUGGAACAAUCAAUGUUGCGUUAUAUUAUUGCGGUGUACACAGAGU